AAAGAAACAUCAACGGCUCAGAUUUUACCAAGCCAACACAAUUUUUCUGAAUAAUAAAAAAAGGGAACGCAAGCAAAAGUAGCUUCUGACAAACGUCGUCGUCGUCGCAAGCAAAAAUUCCUCUUCCUCCAUCUUGAAGCUGCAAAUUGUUUAGUUAUUAGAAGAUGCAAAACAGUGAGGAACAAAAGUAUAGAGCCAGAAGAUUAGAGAUUACAGACAAGAAAAAAGGUUUCAUAGAAUUACUGCAGCAGCUUAGCGUUUGUGAUUCAGUCUCUGAUAAGGAAUUUGAGGAUAGAUUUCGUGAAAUUGAUUCACUUGGAGAUGAUCAUGUUAUAUGUGUUAUUGAAGAUGAGAUUACUGGAAAGACUAUUGCAACGGGGAGUGUGUUUAUUGAGAAGAAAUUUUUGAGAAAUUGUGGUAAAGUUGGACAUAUAGAAGAUGUUGUUGUGGAUUCAAGUGCUCGUGGGAAACAAUUGGGGAAGAAAGUAAUUAACUUUCUUACCGAUCAUGCUCGUUCGGUUGGGUGUUAUAAGGUGAUUCUCGAUUGCAGUGUCGAGAAUAAGGUUUUCUAUGAGAAAUGUGGUUUCAAGGAGAAAGAAGUUGAGAUGGCUAUGUAUUUUGUUUGAUUAAUCUUUUCUUCUUUUCAUUAUUCUAAAUUUCUUAUGUGAUGAUUCCAGUCAUAUUGAACAUGUAUUUUGACAUUCAAUUCAAUUACUUACGUUUUCUCAAAUUAUCA